UAUAUCUAUACUAGUUCCCAGAAAAAUUUGUGUGAAUUGAUGUAAUUACAACACAAGCGUAAUUUUUCGUCUUGCCCUCCUUAAUUCUAACAGAACUUCUGCUUGAAAUAAUAACAUCCUGCUGGUGGGUUAUAAUAACGUGUCCGAGCAUGUUCCCAGUUAGUCGUCGCAUAACUUAAACGAGAUUCACAAUCUAUUCUCCUACUUACUUAAUUUAAAUUUGUACAACGGAUGAAUUUUUAUUUUACGCUUCUAUUGUCUCGAUAUUAUUACGCUCAUGUUCUUGUGAACGAAUUCUUAAACAAGAUUGUGUUACUUAAUUAAUGAAAAUGUUAUCAACAAGUAUAUUAACAAGUGCGUUAUAUUUUGAAAUAGUCUUAUGGAAAAUUAGUUUAGCAGAAUGGAUAGAUAUGCCACAAUUUUCCAACGAAAAAAAGGUAUAUAGAAUGCCUUCCUUGAAACAGGAUCAUUUCGAUAAAUUUACUCACAUAUAUACGGAAAAUCAGUUUCCUUACGAGUAUCAUAAUAUAGCUCAUAAUGAUUUUACCGCGGUAAAAAUAGCGGGUAACGAAUCCACUUUUAAAUUGAAAGAGUCUAUCAGCGAGCCUGUGAUUCAUGAACAUUUGAAUAAAGAAGACGCGUUUAUAACUACUACCCAACAAUAUGAUGAAAAAACGCAAUUCUCAACGGCGGAGGAAGAAAACAUGAACGAAGGAUAUUUUAACGAGACUUUAACUUUAAAUGAUGCGGAUAUUUUGAAGUAUUUGCCAGUAGAUAUACUUAAAAAUGUCCAUCGCAUUUUAAAAUCGCAAUCUACAACUAGCGAGGGAAAAAUUAUAUUUUUAAGGUCAUUUAAAAAAACAUUAAUGACUGAAAUAGAGUCUCAACUAGCACAGACUGUAACAGCCGAUCGCGAGAAAAGAGGCGCUGAUCAUUAUGAUCAUAAUUACGAUUAUCAUGAACAUGCCACAGGAUUCCCCUCCAUAGAAGGUGCAUUAAUGGCUAUUUCAUUUCUUACAUUUGCGGUAUACCUGGUUCGAUUAGUUAUGCUUUUAUUCAGAAAUAUGAACAAUUCACCAUCGCCUUCUACUAGCCCUACUCUGCUUCUUGGCAGAAGAAAGAAAUCCAUAAACUCAUUCGACGAGGAUAUGGUUAAAAUACUUAGUGGCGUAGACAGCUUUUUCCGUAAUUUUUAAUAAUCACAUAACUAUAUCGUAAUAAAUAAUUUAUCAAUAUUUAUAAUAAAAAAACAAUCAUCUAACAACUAGACAAACUCUAACACUAAUUGCAUUAAAAAUUUUCACAGUCAAGGAACUCCUUGGCUUGCUCAAUUUGAUUUAUAAUACUAGAUGCUUCUAAGGUUUCUUUUUA